AGGAGAGGGGAAACAGAGGUUAGAAGGGAGUUGCUGAACUGGGAGUCCAUGUGUCCAGCAAAGAGGUGGCGGGUUGAGUUAGUUGCAUGAGGAUGGUGCAUCAGUCGCCUUCCCCCCACCCCCACGCACACGCGCGCGCACUCACACGCACAGAGACACACACAAAAUAAGUCUUAUGUAACCGAUCUCAGCAGACCAGGGUUGCAGAAAGAAGAGAAAGGAAGAAUUGUAAAGCUUCCGAGAGCAGGUCUUUCCCCCCCUCGGUGGGGCCGAGGCUCGAGGUCUGAGGGAGGAGCCGAAUGGAGCGGAGGAUGAAAGGCGGAUACGUGGACCAGCAAGUGCCAUACACCUUCUCCAGCAAAUCGCCCGGAAAUGGGAGUCUGAGCCGAGCUCUGAUGGUCACACAGGGGAAACUCAUGGACCCUGGCUCCCUGCCGCCCCCGGAGUCAGAAGAUCUCUUCCAAGACUUGAGCCAAUUCCAAGAGACCUGGCUUACGGAAGCUCAGGUCCCCGACAGUGACGAGCAGUUUGUACCAGAUUUCCACUCCGAAAACUUAGCUUUCCACAGUCCCACCACCAAGAUCAAGAAAGAGCCCCAGAGUCCUCGGACAGACCCGACCCUGUCCUGCAGCCGAAAGCCGCCGCUCUCCUACCACCAUGGUGAGCAGUGCCUUUAUACCAGUGCCUAUGAUGCCCCCAGACAGAUUGCCAUCAAGUCUCCCCCUCACAGCACCCCAGGACAGUCACCUCUGCAGCACUUUCCCCGGGCAGAACGGAGUUUCUUGAGACCCCCAGGGGGAGCCCCCCCCAACCCCAACCAUGGGUUCGUCAUGGAACAUAGCCCCAUUUUCCAGCAGCCCCCGGAGCUGUGCCACUCCUUCCCGUCCUCCCAAGGUGGGGGCCGGGAGCCCCCUGCAGCCCCCUGCCAGCCCCAGCUGUCGGAGCCCUGCCUGCCUUACCCCCAGCAGAACUUCAAGCGGGAAUACCACGACCCCCUGUACGAGCAGGCGGGCGGGGGCUGGGGCGGCGGCGGCGGCGGCGGGCACAGGUACCCAGGGGCAGGGGUGGUGAUCAAGCAGGAGCAGACCGACUUCGCCUAUGACUCAGAUGUUCCUGGGUGUCAGUCCAUGUACCUACAUGCAGACGGUUUCCCUGGCCCCUCCCCUGGUGAUGGAGCCAUGGGAUAUGGUUUUGAGAAGUCUCUUCGGCCUUUCCCUGAGGAUGUCUGUGUGGUCCCAGAGAAAUUUGAAGGAGACAUCAAACAGGAGAGCCUUGGGGCGUUCCGAGAAGGGCCCCCCUACCAGCGCCGAGGUUCCCUCCAGCUCUGGCAGUUCUUGGUGGCUCUGCUGGAUGACCCGACUAACGCCCACUUCAUUGCCUGGACAGGCCGAGGGAUGGAGUUCAAGCUCAUUGAACCAGAAGAGGUCGCCCGGCUCUGGGGCAUUCAGAAGAAUCGGCCAGCCAUGAAUUAUGACAAGUUGAGCCGUUCGCUGCGCUACUAUUACGAGAAGGGGAUCAUGCAAAAGGUGGCUGGAGAGCGCUACGUGUACAAGUUUGUGUGUGAGCCGGAGGCCCUCUUUUCUCUGGCCUUCCCCGACAAUCAGCGCCCGACUCUCAAGUCUGAAUUUGACCGGCCAGUCAGCGAAGAGGACACCGUCCCUUUGUCUCACCUGGAUGACAGCCCUGCAUAUCUUCCAGAGCUUGGGGGCUCUGUGCAGCCCUAUGGGCCUAAGGGCGGUUACUCCUACUAGCCUCUAACACCUUGCCAAGAACCCACAAACCCCCCAGGUGGGGGCAGGGGACACUAUGACCAUCCUCUUUGUACAUAUGGAUACAUUUGGUGUUGGCAGGAGCCCUUACUCCCUUCUCUGACACUCCAGGAAACUUUGGGGGGCAGUUCCCUAGCCCUGGUCAUCCCUUUUCCCUUCCCCAACUAAAAUGGACCCUACCCAUGGUGCUCAAUCAAAUGGCUGGAUGGGGUAGGAAAAGAACUUGUCCGUAAGUAGAAGGCUCUGCCCAGAGGACUCCGCUCAGGCUCUCCCCACUUCUUCCAACAUGGCCCACUCUGUCUUUUUCCCCAGUACAGAGAGCAGGCAAGGUUUACCCCUGCCAGGUAGGUCAGAGGAAGAGGACUGAAUCUCGGUACCGUCUCCAAGCCCAGUGGAUCUUUGAGGUUCAGAAAGCUCCCAUCAGUUCCCAUGAAGAGAAGCAGAAGGCUUAGAUAUGUCCCCUUCUCCAAUGACCAAAUCCCAAGGUCACCUUUCUGCUUCCAUCUCCAUCCCAGCCUCCUGGUUACACUGGGUCUCCUUGGGGUCAAUAAAAUGCUUUUUGAACUAAGAAAGUGAUUGGCCUUCUACCUUGACUAGCUGUCCUUUCCCUGCAGGUGGCUAAUGGCAAACACUCUCUCCACUGGGUUACUGUGUUCCCUGAGGGAGGGGUUUCUAUCCCAAUUCUUCAUGAAAUAAAGGCCGGAAGGGUCUGCCUCGGACUGGGAAGCUUCAGGAUAGGCCAGAGAGGAUACCUUCCUCAAAGGAGAGCAUAUCAGCCUCUCCCCCAAUCCAUGUCCCCUCUUCUCUCCAGAUCCCAAUAAAGGCCCCUGCCAGGCUCUGUCAGUCUCUGU